AAGGCAGGGACUGGGGGUGGAGAAGCAGUUGCUGCGCGCAACCUCGCGGUGAAUUGGGUUAUCGACACUUGGGCGGGCGCGCAGUCUGGGAGCAUCCCUCUCGCCUUGGCCGAGGGACUUUUUUUUUUUUUUUUUAGAGUUGUGCUUGGAUUUGUUUCUCAGAGCGAACAAGCCAUCCGGUAGUCCCUGACUUAUAACUUUUGCUUAGUGACCGUUCAAAAUUACAACGGCACUGAAAAAAGUGACUUAUGAUUCUUCACACUCAUGACUGUUGCAGCAUCCUCAUGGUCAUGUGAUUUACAUUCAGAUUGCUGACAGCUGGUUCAUAUUUGUGACGGUUGCAGUGUCCCAGGGUCAUGUGAUCAUAUUUUGCGAUCUUCUGACAAGCACAGUCAGUGGGGAAGACAAAUUCACUUAAAGCCGUGUUACUAAUUUAACAACUGCAGCAAUUCACUUAACAAUAAUGAUAAAGGAAGGAAAAAAGGAGAACAUGGCACUGGCAUCCUGGUUUGGAUGGAAUGAACCUUCUAGUCGUAUUUCUCAAAGAAGCCCAAUGGAAAUGGUGACUGAAACCCUGAUGAUGGAGCUUGACUGGCAGAUCAAAGAAGCUGAGAAACAACAGCGGGAGAAAGAAAAUGAGUAUCGCAGGAUCAAAACAGGAGUUGAUUAUGGCUGGCUGGUUAGCUACCCCAAGCAUGGUUAUGAUAUCAGUCCAGGGGAGCGUCUGCAGCUGGAAGAUAUCUGUUCCAAAAUACAUCCAUCCUAUUGUGGACCAAUCAUUAUUAGAUUUCGGCAACUUAUUGCUGAAUAUGAACCAGAGCCUGGAGAAAUACCUCGGCUUUUCCGUUCUGUUCUGCACGAUGCCACCGAGAAGAUCAAAGAGGAAGAGGAGGCCAAGAAACUUGCAAGACAAUGGAACACCAAGAACAAAACCAGCCUCUCCCUCACCACAUUCAGAUCCCGCAUCAGGAUUUCCCCCUUCAGCAGUGAUAUCAAGACCAUUUCAGAAGACGUGGAGAGGGGCAUGGAGCCGACCAAAAGAAUGUGGAGCAUGCCUGAAUUCAGGGAUACCAAGGACUACUGACUUUAUUUGUAACAUUAGUUUUUUUUUUUAAGAAACAGACUAUUUUAUUUAUUUGGGGGUCUAUUUGCAGGAUGAUUAUUUUUGUCCUGUUUCCAAUUGUUUCUCUAUUGGGAGGAAUUCACCUGAAUUCUUUUUAGGUAUCUUUUAAUCCAUGCAUUUAUGCCUGUAGGUUCCUGUUUUCCUUGGGCAAAUACAUAAAAAAAAUCAUUCAGAUAGAUGAUAGAUGUGUUUAUUUAAAACAUUUAUAUAGCUGCCUAUCUUAUAAGAAGUUCGCUUUUUGUCACCUAAAAGAGAGGCCCAGGGAAUAAUAGUGAAAAGCAUGCUUAUUUAUUUUAGCUUUCUUUUUGGUUUUCCUCUCAAUCCUUUUGCCCAUGAUUGCACAAAAAUUGGUAUACAUUGCAUAAUACCCAACCACCAGCCAUAUGCAAGGAUCCAUGCAUAAAAAGGCAGAAAUAUCUCAUUUAGAAUUUCCCAGCAUUAAAUUUGAAACCAAAGUAAGUAUUAUAAGAUGGUAGUAGCUUACCCUUUUUUUUUUUCUUUUGCCAAAAUGUUAUCCGGCAUUGCUGUCAAUAUCAUCAGCUGGAGGAAUGCCAAUAACUCCUAAAUAGCAAGGUGAGCCUUGCAGGGGACUUUAGGCUACAAAAUUUGAGAGGAGGGAGGCAUAGGCAAAUGGUUGAAAAAUUGUAGCACCUGGAAAAUUCUUCCUUUUUGGUAAUUAGUUACUAUAUAGCCUUAACUAUAUACAAUAUAUCUUGGCUAAUCAGUGACUACCAUGGACAGGCCAUGUUAUCUCUAUCCUAAAAAAACAGAGACCUCCAUCUAGACAUUUAAGGCAAAAUGUUUCUUUAAAACCGAAAAAUUGAGAAAAGCUCAAUGGGCUCCUACGCUUUGGGGGAAAAAGGAAUGCUUUGAAGCACCAUUUUCAAGGUGUACCACCAAGGCAGUGCUUCCAUUUUCCCUCCCCUGGAUUGAAAAUUUCUAAAAUAGAUGCAACAAAAUGUAUUUCCCUUAUUUUUAUUCUUAUUGCAGAGAUUUCUACACCACUGGUUCAGGAAGAAACAUAUUUGUCACUUGGAUGUAUACAAUUUUUUGGAUUUUUUAAAAAAAAUGAAAUGCAGUGCUGCCAUUACCACGAUGGAAUGUAUCUCCAAACUUCAGUCAGACAUGUUACUGGGCUUAUUUUUGUGUAAUAUUUAAAAGCCAUAAACUCACUUUAACAAUGGUCACUUGAGUUCUUGACAUGGCUUCUUACUUGCAUACCCUUUUCACACCAGAGGCACAACUCAAGCUGCCAAGGUGAAGUCCUUUCAGUGUUUUACAGCCCUAGAGAGAGAAUGUGUAACAUUGGUGUUGAAGAUGGGAGGACUGACUGUCUUACUUAUGCCAUAGUCUUUUGUGCAAAUUGUACACUGUGGUAAUUCAGUCAUCUAUCUAAAGAAAAAUACUUUUCUGUUUCUGUUAGAUAUCUUGUUGAUACAGGAACAGGUGGUGGUUUUUGAUUAGAGCUUCAGACCAAUUCUUGAAAAUUAAUGGAGCACUUAAGAGGGUUUUGUGCUGCUUGCAGAACCGAAAUUCCCAAAAGAGACUGUUGGGGUUCUUUUAUUUUGUGGUGGCUUCAGCUUUUUUAAAAAAUGCUUUUGCUAACGUUGGAUUUCCUGUAAGUAAGCAGAGUACUGCACUGAAGAAUUUUCUCUACUUCUGCUUACUUCUUUCUUAAAUAUAUUUGACAAAGACACCAGCAAAUAGCAUUGUUUAAUACCACAUGGAUUUAGGGCUUCGGUUAUCGGUUAUGCGUGAGUGGGAGUACAGAGAUACUGACAAUUUGACAAUCAUAUAUUUCUAAGCCAUCUAAGAAAACUAUUUUCAUUGUGGCAUUUCUAUACUGUUUCUCCAGUGUUGAUACAUUAUGUAACCCUAACUCUAAAGUAAUCUGGUCAAAUCUCAUGAACUCUAAAUAGACUGGAAUUACAACUCCUGACCUAACCGUAUGCUGAGUUAUAAACCCAACAUGAUGUAGUACUGAUGAGGGUACUAUUACUACAUCAGUCAAGGCUGAUUUAAAGGCCAAGAGCAGAAACUUGUGAGACUGUCUCCCCUCUUUCUGCUCAGGCAGCCUGAGAAUGUGAGAAAAUUGCUGGUGAAUCCUCUUUGUCUAUAUUGGACCUGUGUUUUAUAGAGCGCAUUUUGAACAUGGUAAAUAUUUAUAUCUCUUGUAAAAUGGGCUCCUUCUUUGCGGUGUCUGGUGUUUUGGAUGCAUGGUCCUUUUUGCACUAGGACCCAAUUUGGGGAAAACUACUGAAACAGAAAGCCAUUUCCUAUCAAGUCACACGGUCACUUUUGUAUCUAGGAGUGAAAUGCUCAUUGCAUUCAGUUACAAAAGUGUUUUCCUUAACUUUAGCUGCCUUGUGAGUGAUUGUGAUAGAUACAGAUCUGCUGUGUUCUGUUUAUUAAUAGUUUCAGUGUUACUUUAGGUAUCCAAUAUAUAUAUAUUGACUACAACUAGCAAUGCUUUUCUACUACUAUUAAAAUGCAAUUUCUUGAGUAAGCAAAAUAGAGACUGUGUUCAGGAGUCAUAUAGUUAUAUCUGAAUGUAGUGUCCACGCUUACCUGAGAGUGAGUAGUAUUGAACAAUUGUGUGGUUGAAACACACACAGGACUGAAAGUUUUUAUGUAUCAGUCAGGUUGUAUCCCAUAUUCCUACCUCCCCAGUAAAAUUGCACAGAAGACAAUGGAGUUGUAUAUCUUAGUACCUACACAUAGGAUUCCAGUGCUAAUUGCUAAAUUAAACAAUUGGAAGAAGGGUUGGUAAAGUGGAAAGAGAAGCUUUAAAAUUUGAUUUAGCAGAAAACAUUCCUAUUAAAUGGUUGAUUAAAAACAGGCAUCCAUUCCUGAUGUGUUUUGUAGACCAAGAAGAUCCCACCUUCAUCCGAUUUAUGUAUUGGUUCCUUUGUUACAUAGUUUUUUGUUAACUUUUGAUGUUUAUGGCCUUUUAAUGUUUAAAUGUUUAAAUUGUUUUAUAUUAUUGUUUUCUGAUAUUGUAGGUCACCAGAGUUGUUUAAGAGUGAAAUGGGAGGCAUAUUAAUUUAAUAAAUAAAUAUCUAUGAAGCACAAAACCAGCUGGCAUGCUGAAGAAUUGGCAUGACUUUCACAAACAAAAGCCAA